AUGGACGCUCGCCUUGCGAACUUGGCCCGCGCCCGCGAUGUGUUGACAGAGCGUCGGCGGCAGCGCGCCGACGCCGCCGUGCUCGGGCCUGGCGCAGCAGCAGGCGCCUUGGUGCCAGCGGUCGUGGCGCCGCGGCCUCCCGAACUGACGCAAGAGACGUUCAGGCUACUGUGCGAGCCCAGGGCACCGUUCCAGACCUCUCCUUUGACUUGGGCGCUACACGUGGCUGGACGAUUGGUUUCGGUGGCGCCCGACGAUGACUUGGACGCCGACGUGCUCGCCAUUGUUCGCGAGCAGUGCGUCGACCCGUUGUCCACGAGGUGCAAGCUACAGUCAGGACAUGCGGCAAACGUGCCGCGAUGGAAAUUGAAUUCGUCUUUGCCUUUGAUUGCCUCGUGCGUAUCAGCUUGUUACCGCGUGGCGGUCCAUCGGCUUGUUGCUGCGAUCGCGAAGAUGCCAGUCUCCAAGCUCCUGUUCAUCGAUUCCGCCAGGUACGAUGAGACGCCAAUGCGGCUUACGACGAGAGAGCAGGAAGUCCGUCUUUUCUGGAGCAGAGCGCCUGGGAAGGCGAUGAUGCGAGCCCGCACAAGUACUCUUGCUAAAGAUACGACGGUUGGCAAGUUGUUUCAAACUGAGUCUCGGUGGGGCGUCCUCUUGAAGUUCGAUCUACCACCUGGGUCUUCUGAUAACCCAUACGUGAUGAUCAUCGGCGAGACUGUGAAUUGGAUCCAGAUCUUGAGCUCUACCACUGCAGAAUCCCUGUAUGCAGCACUUUUGACCACCGACGCCGUGACAGACGCCACCCACGCAUUUAGUAAUAAAGUUCGCCAUGCUACGACCGACAAGUAUGGUGCAAACUUAGUGGCGGAGGCUCGCAUGACCAAGCACCGCAACAACACGUCGCCGACUCCGUGGUUCGGCCUCCAUGAGCCAUGCGAUGUACAUAUUGUUUCUGCCGUGCACACCAAGACUUUUGCAUUGACCGAGGAUUUCAUUUCUGGCCUUAUCAACGUGAGCUUGUCGCUCGGUGGCGGUGACAACAUGCGGAGAUUCAGGAAAUGCUUGGCAGCCGAUAUAGACAAUAGGUUAUUGAUCAAAUUUGGUGAGCCGCCGCCAGACGCUGUCGAAUAUCGCAAAGUGAUCCUCUCGCUCUUCUUGGCCAGGGGGCCUCGGGCAGCCGAGCGACGGGCCUUGCUAACCAAGUGCGUGCCAGGAGAUUGGAGAAACCUUGAUAACAUCGAGUUCUAUUGCGCCCACGGGUCUCAACCAAACAGGGGAGAUAUCGUUUAUUUGGUACAAGACGGGCUCCUUGUGGCGCUUGCUCACAGGUCUUACAGCACGUACCCGCGCCACAGGUGGACAGGUUGUGACAUCAGCACCGACGAGAUUGGAAUACUCGCAGCGUGUUCUGGCAUCCUUGGGAGGGUGUAUAAAGCGUUUCUCCAGACUUUUGCCAAGGCGAACAGGCCUGUCCGCGCCGCGGGCGAGGCUGGUGCAGCUGCAAUAUUGCCUCUGGCAGCGCCCGACACAGUCCCAGCCAUCAUGGACGCGGAUCGGCCAGUUCCCGCGCCCGCGGGCGAGGUCGGAGGCAACGCAGCCGAGGCCCCGACUGAGACGUGGCAGGAGGCGCAAGCCCGCCACAGGAGGUUAGGCGAGGCGUUCGUGGAGUCAGAGCCCCUCGGUCUACUCAUGAUUGCUCGGACGUGCAUGGAACCAUUGCGAAUAUUAUUAGCAGCACACUUCAGGCUGGCGAGUGACAAGUGGGAACGGCAGCAACGAGCGACCGAGGUGGCGAACUCCUUCAGCCACGCCGCUGGCGGUAAGCCGCGCGAGCACCGCAUCGCCAUUGCAGCAGAGAUGAAGCUAGAGGACGACCUCGACAUGCGCCUGCGUAGUUUGAUGUUUACGCCUGAACCGUGGGUACAUCUGCCGCGUGAGUGGCAAUCAGUUGCAGGUCGGUCUUUGAUCCUGCGGAUGCUCGCUCGCAUUGGGUGCGCAGUGGCUGAGCUUCUCCGACUGCCGCAUCGCCGUUUCCACAACCGACUCUUCAUGUUACUAUCGGACCCUACAUUGUACGACGUUUUCAAGCACGAGCCUCGUUGUGUCUUGGGCGAGUGGAGCUACGCCAUGCUUCAGCAAUGGGAUGAGGACUCCGACGGCGCCGAUGUGCUGAUGCAGCUCAGACUGUUGGCGCUUCUCAUCAAGAAGGACAUCAGCAAGAUUGAGACCAUGCACGCUACGAUACGCAGACUGCUGGUGGGCAUGAGUGUCCAGACGCAUUCUGUGGAGGGGCCAAUUCUCUGUUCGAAGUGGGUCUGUGACAACGUGAGAAGGAGGCGCAUCGAGAAGACGAAGGGGAAGUUCGUGAAGCCAGCGGUGGUUGUCGUGCCUACGCUAGCGUGCAUCACGCGCCUGGGGGGCGACCUGACUGGGGGAGGCUAUCGGCGGAGUACAACGCUCUCGCCAGAGGCAAAGGCGUACUACGUCGAGCUUGGUCGGCUGGCCACCAUUGCGGGCAGGGGCAUGUCAGCCACAAAGUCUGCCUUCGGGGUGACGUUCGGGAAGGCUCAGAAGGCUGCGCGGCGAAAGCUGAGACGUGCCGUGGCCGAUAGAGGACGCGACCAGCUCUCGGACGAGGCAUUGGUUGCCCAGCUCUCCGCCGCUGUACUCCAAGAAAGUGCUGACGGGCCUGGUGAUUUUUUCCAGUCGGUUCAGUUGGUGCAGAGCCUUGCGCGGGCAGGCGCCCGCUCGUCUGGCGAGGCGUCUGCCAGAGAGGACGCGCUGAUCGACUGCGCGCUGGCCACGUUUACCCAGGACGUGGGCAACCGCCAGGUGGCGAAGUUUAUGGCUGCCGCCCCCGAGCUGUCGACGUUUGCGGAGGCGCUCGUGGCCAUCCCGCAUUCUCCGUGCCCCCUCUUCGACUACAACCCCGACAGCGGCCUGGUCGGUGGCAAGAUUGCGGCUUGGGCGUCCCGCCACGCCACGGACUCGAACCUCUCGUCCGCUUUGCAGAGCGAUUGGACGAUGAAGACGUGGCCGAUCUCUCCAGGCCCUGCGCACUGCGGUGGCGGAGAAGACGAUGCAGCCCACCUUCGACCUUCGAAGUGCCAGCUUGCUGCCGUGUGCUUGUGUUCGGAGGAGGGUGAGAACCUGGAUAAGUUUUGCAAGAACUUGCUCACGGCCCUGAAGCCGAUGGUUAAAGCCAAGUCGGCGGCUCGCCGCACGUUGCUCGAUGGCAAGCUUGUGUGCAGACUGACGUGGACAAGGAGCGACGUCGAUGACGAUCAUGUUGCUGCUGCGCCUGUCGGGGCGCCGCCGCCUCCCCAGCGCCAGGGCGACGUGUGGAUGCACAUUGGCAUGAUGUACCUGAGCCCUUACAGGCCGUCGUGGCACCUGGUCGAGAGGCGGCGCGACGGCGAGGGCCUCGUGUACGGCCCUGGCAUCCCCAUGAAGGCGACUGGGAGGUACAACGACUUCUACUCGCCGCUUGCCGACCUUGAGCUGGACCACAGAACUUGGACACUGCGCGCGUAUCAGAUUUACGAGAGCGGCCAGCCGUGCGCACACUUCAUCCCUGCCUACUUCGAGGUCGUUGAC